AUGUUUUUUAUAUGUGGAUUAAACUGCAGAAGUAAGUUUGAGACUCGCUCUACUUCUUCCGGAUGAUUGUGGCUCCUAUGUAUAGACAGAGAUUUCAUUUGAGACGACAUGAUUAAGAUUACUAAGCAUCAGAGCAUACAGUGGCGUAUUAUUUUAAAGUUAUCUGCAAUUGAAUUUAUUUACUUUUCGUGCCACAUACUGAUGCAAAACUAAUUUGAUUUAACUGUCUUCCGUACCGUCUUCGUUAAAAUCGAUCCAGUUCAUGCGACAUAUCCUCUUCAGUAAUACAGAAGUGCUGUCAAAGUCGAAAUCAUGCUGGUUGUCUGAGAGCUUCCGAAGUGAAUUAUUGAAAUAUUGGCGGAAAGGGUCUCGCAUUUAUCAACGAUUAUCCAGAUAACACACAAUGCGCAAUACACAGAAAUAAAUGACCUUAACGCUAUGAUGACAGUUUCUAUUAUGCGUACGACCAUUCUCAGACGGCCACACACCUAAAGUUGUAAGAAGACUGAAUUCCGGCCAACAUCGCAGACCCCCAAACACCAUGCGUUACGAAACUAGCAUUUGACGACGAUUAGGCUAUUCGUAAUUCCGCUGGCAUUAAUGAGGGCAGAUUAUCGUCUACUAGGGUGUCAGGUCGGGACUCUGAGGUACACGAAGGCCCAUACAUCGUAAUGCAAAAUGAUCGUUUUUGCGAAACUCCCACUGCCCAUUUGAUAAUAGAAGCUAUGAGACGAGUUCCAGGAUGUAGUCGCGACACCUGGGCAAUUAGCCACUCUGUCUAAUAUGAUGGAUUCGAGUGAGAAUCCAAAACGUCGGGCUAAUAAAGCACUUGUUCCAUAGAAACGUUCGUAUAAAAUUGAGACUUAAGGAAACAUCUGAAAUUCGUCUUCCGAUCUUGGCUGCCGGGUAAACGGUCUAUUGAAAAUUCGAAGACCGUACAAAUGCUCAACCCCUGGUACGUCAAAAUUGGACCAAUCACUGCGAACUUGACAUACACUCAUGAAGCAGACGGCAUUAGGCCAUAAUGAAAUAAGCGAGUGAAUUUACUCACUCUUGUUCGGGUUACAGAAUCACUUAAACAAAAUCUCAUCACAUUGUCUUAAUUUUUAUUUAUACAAGCGACGUUUAAAUUAGCUGAAACACAUUUGCUUCCAUUUUAGUUGAUCCCUACUGUGAUUUUAUUUUCCUACAUCCUCUUUACAAUGUGAUUUCAAUGCUCGAAAAUGUGCGCGGCAUACGACGGAGCAUCAGCAUCUUACAUGACGAUGUCUUCAACCUUACCAUCGAUGACUUCCAAUUUUCCCUCAAUUCAUCCUGUUCGCUACUUACUCGCGAGGCAGCGGACGAGAACCCCCAUUAUGCAUGCACCAUUGUCGUUAAUUUGCUGCGCAUCGGAAUUGAUUUCACUGUGAGUAACAAUACUAAUUUCUAA